CUAUAUAAAUCCUCUCUCUUUCUCUCCAACCAAAACUUGAAUCCAUUUCUCUCUCUCUCUUUUUCUUUCUCCCUAUUUCUUCCCUCAACAUUCAUCAUCAUCGUCGUCAUCAUCUCAUGGGGAAUUACAUUUCUUGCGCCUUAGCAACGCCCUUGAUCAAGAAUUCCAAGGCCGUCAGGGUCGUUCUUCCCGGCGGCGAGGUCCGGCAGUUCCGGGACUCGGUGAAGGCGGCGGAGCUCAUGCUCGAAUCUCCCAGUCACUUUCUCGCAAACGCCCAAUCUCUCCACAUCGGUCGCCGAUUCUCCGCCCUCGCCGCCGACGAGGAGUUGGAAUUCGGAAACGUCUACCUAAUGUUUCCGAUGAAGAGAGUUAACUCCGUUGUCACAGCGGCGGAUUUAGCCACGUUCUUCAUGGCAGCCAACUCUGCAGCCAGACGGAUUUCGAGCGCUAAGAUAAGGGUUUUACAUGAGAAUCGGAAUCUUCAAGAAUCGGAAGCGAUGCCGAGAAUUAGCGAUGGAAAUGAAGGACCGAGGUUGAGUUUGGAAGGAGUUGAGGGAUUUCCGAUGCAUCGAUUAUCGGUUUGCCGGUCAAGAAAGCCAUUGUUGGAGACUAUUAAAGAAGAACAGAUUAGGUCAAGAUAGGUAGGGAAAUUUCAAUAGAUUGUAAUGAAAUUCCAACUUCAAUUUCUCUGAUCUGAUUUGAUAUGAUAUGAUCUCGAUAUCUAUUUUUUUUUUUUUUAAAGAAGAUGAUGAAUUCUUCGAUGGGGGAUUGAAAUUUCAUAUGAGCUGAAGUUAUUUAAUGGCGAAACGACGCCGUUUUCGCGCUUCUCCUCUA